GGUAGCGUAAUUGCCAUCAUGGGUGCAGAGAAAAAUGAUGGUAAAUUCACUGUUGAAGACUUCUGCAUGGCUGACGUGCCUCCACAGACACCCAGACAACAUCCCAGCUCAGACAGGUUUGUACUCCUUGCCUCUGGCCUGGGAUUGAAUGGCAGCGGGGCAGACAGUAUGAUGGGAUUGCAACUUUUGGUCGACAUGGUAACAGUGACCAGGGGGAGCAGAAUGGAGCAGCGUCCAUUGCCAGAGUCAUAUUAGCUGGAAACCUGUUGAGUCAAAGCACCCAGGACAAAGACUCAACAACCAAGGUGUGUAAAUGAGACUUACGUUCCAGGCUAAAUACUUGACUAAGAAGACUCAGGCUAGGAGUGUGGAGGCCAUCAGGCUGCUGGAUGAGCUUUUAGUGCAGCUAGUGGCUUCUGUAACUGUGGAUGUCAUGCCCGGACAGUAUGACUACACCCCUCCUCAACAGCCUCUGCACCACUGCAUGUUCCCUCUGUCUGUGCCCUAUCCCACUCUGCAGCUGGUCAAUAACCCCUACCAAGCCGUCGUGGAUGGCGUGCAAUUCUUGGGCACAGCAGGGCAGAAUGUCAGUGAUAUUGCGAAGUACAGCAAUGUGGAUGAUCACCUGGAGAUCCUAGAGACCACACUGAGGCUUCGUCACCUGGCCCCCACCGCUCCAGACACACUGGGUGCACUCAAUCAUUUUUUGUUGUCAUCUUGGACUUAUGCUGACACCUACAGGUCUGGAUGCAGCAUCUUUCAAACACAAUAGUUUUCAGUGACCGAAAACACUGUAGAAAUUCACUGUUCACAAUCAGUCAUGAUUUAUUUAAUCCAUGAGUGAAAAGUGAGUCUUAUAGCAGGGCAGUUACUGAGAUUAAACAAGUUGUAUUUGGCUGGUCAUGUGAUUAUAACAUGGCAUCCCCCAUGAGGGGACCCGCUCCAUGUAGAAUAAAACCACUUUUAUGAAUUGAGUCUUUAUCUCAUGUGAGUGCUCAUGAUUUUAUACAUGUUUCAGAAUUACUAUUGAAAUCAUAAGUACCAUUUUUUUUAAUGAGGAAAUAAAUUACUGAGUGCACCUUUAAGCUUUAAAGGGAGUCACUCAACUGCUAUUGUAUGGAAAACUCUAGACUGUUCUGACAUGUUCUGUUAACCUUUUAGCUGUUACCCGUUCUAUCAGAAAGAUCCCUUUAUUCUGGAAGAGUGCCCCAUGUUUACUUAAGCGGAAACGCACCAAGCUACCAAUCUAAAUGUAUCACAGGACCUGAAGGCCAAGAUGUUCUCCUGGUAGCUAUACCAGAAUUCAGCACUUCACAGACAGUUUUUUUGUAAACCUGCGCACACUGGAGUGUGAGCCAAUCUGCUGCUCCUCAUUUUCCACAGAGGAUGAUGAAGACCAUGAGAUGAACAUCAGCCAUUAAAAACUCACUUAUCAACAUUUGACACUUGUUACUGUAAACCUUUCUUAAACAAAGACUGGUUGCUAAUAUGUGAGAAAGUUCUGUUAAUAAAGUAACCUCUUUUGCA